AACCUUCCAGCUUGGGCCGCCUCCCCCUCUGCCUCUGCUUGUCCCCGGGAGCGAGGCACAGGUGUUCACUUCGCCACCGCGCUGCUGCAGCUGCUCCCGGCAAAGCCUCGGACCUGCGAGCCGCUGGCACCAAAGACCCUGCAAACAUGCUGUGGAAAGCCCAUCAGCUGUUGAGGAAAUUCUCCACCACGGCCACAGCUUAUCAACGUAAGCUAAAGCUAGCUCUGAUAGGUCAGAGUAUUUUUGGUCAAGAAGUGUAUAGACACCUGCAGAAAGAGGGACAUAGAGUCGUCGGAGUGUUCACCAUUCCAGACGUGAAUGGGAAAGCUGACCCUUUGGCACUGGCAGCAGAGAAAGAUGGCACCCCUGUUUUUAAGUUCCCCAGAUGGAGAGUUAAGGGCAAGCCUAUCCGGGAAGUAGUUGAAGCCUACAAAUCAGUUGGAGCAGAUCUAAAUGUACUUCCAUUCUGUACGCAGUUCAUCCCCAUGGAUGUUAUUGACAGUCCUAAGCAUGGAUCAAUUAUCUAUCAUCCAUCCAUCCUUCCCCGCCACAGAGGAGCUUCAGCUAUCAAUUGGACUUUAAUUCAAGGAGAUAAAAAAGCAGGGUUUACUAUUUUCUGGGCUGAUGAUGGUCUGGACACUGGACCAAUUCUUCUGCAGCGGGAAUGUGAUGUAGGACGGAACAAUACCGUGGAUGAUUUAUAUAAUCAUUUUCUUUUCCCAGAAGGCAUAAAAGCAAUGGUAGAAGCUGUCCAGCUAAUUGCUGAUGGUAAAGCUCCUCGGAUACCUCAGCCUGAAGAAGGGGCAACAUAUGAAGGGAUCCAGAAGAAAGAAAAUGCAGAGAUUUCUUGGGACAAGCCUGCAGAAGCUUUGCAUAACUGGAUCCGAGGGCAUGAUAAAGUACCUGGAGCCUGGACAGUGAUUGAUGGCCAGAUGGUUACUUUCUAUGGGUCAUCAUUACUUGAUGGGCCAGUGCCUCCUGGACAACCGUUGGCAAUAAAAAGCACCACAAAACCUGGGCUUAUAACCAAAAAUGGCCUAGUUCUUUUUGGUAAUGAUGGAAAGAUGUUGUUGGUGAGAAAUCUACAAUUUGAGGAUGGAAAAAUGAUCCCUGCAUCUAAAUACUUUUCAUCUGAUGAGAUGUCUGUCAUAGAACUUACAGAAGAGGAGAAAAAGAUGGCGGAAGAUAUCAAGUCCAUUUGGAAGGGAAUUUUGAGCAAUGUUGCUGUAAUUGAGGAUUCUACAGACUUCUUCAAAUCUGGAGCAUCCUCGAUGCAUGUAGUCAGAAUGAUUGAAGAGAUCAAACAAAAAUAUGGUGGACUUCAGCUGCAGAAUGAAGAUGUGUAUAUGGCCACUAAGUUUGCAGACUUUAUUCAGAUGGCUGUGAGGAAACUUAGGGGAAAGGACGAAGAAGAAGAAUUAGUCAUAGAUUAUGUUUCAAAAAAUGUUAACAAUAUGACUGUGAAGAUGCCUUACCAGUGUUUUAUAAAUGGACAAUUUAUGGAUGCUGAAGAGGGAAAAACAUACGACACUAUAAACCCAACAGAUGGAUCAAUAAUAGCAAAGGUGUCUUAUGCUUCAGUGGCUGAUGUUGACAAGGCAGUAGCAGCAGCAAAAGAUGCAUUUGAAAAUGGUGAAUGGGCAAGAAUGAAUGCAAGGGAAAGAGGGAGAUUAAUGUACAGACUUGCUGACCUGAUGGAAGAACACCAAGAGGAAUUAGCAACAAUUGAGGCCAUUGACUCAGGAGCUGUCUACACUUUAGCUUUGAAGACCCAUGUAGGAAUGUCUGUGCAAACAUUCAGAUACUUUGCUGGAUGGUGUGACAAAAUUCAGGGUUCUACAAUCCCAAUUAGCCAGGCCCGCCCAAACCAUAACCUAACAUUCACCAAGAAGGAACCCAUAGGAGUCUGUGCGAUUGUUAUCCCCUGGAAUUACCCACUGAUGAUGCUUGCAUGGAAGAGUGCAGCAUGCUUGGCUGCAGGCAACACGUUAGUUCUCAAACCAGCACAGGUCACUCCUUUGACGGCCUUAAAGUUUGCAGAGCUCUCAGCUAAAGCAGGAUUUCCCAAAGGUGUUAUAAAUAUUCUACCUGGUUCAGGUGGUUUAGUGGGACAGCACAUGUCUGAACACCCAGAUAUCCGCAAACUUGGAUUUACUGGUUCAACUCUUAUUGGUAAACAGAUCAUGAAGAGCUGUGCAGUCAGUAAUCUGAAGAAAGUCUCCCUUGAACUUGGUGGUAAAUCCCCACUGAUCAUUUUUGAGGACUGUGAACUUGACAAAGCUGUGAGAAUGGGCAUGGGAGCAGUAUACUUCAACAAGGGAGAAAACUGCAUUGCAGCUGGAAGACUGUUUGUGGAAGAAUCAAUUCAUGAUGAAUUUGUUAGGAGAGUGGUGGAAGAAAUCAAAAAGAUGAAAAUUGGUGACCCGCUCGAUAGAGCCACAGAUCAUGGUCCACAGAAUCAUAAGGCUCACCUGGAAAAGCUGCUGGAAUAUUGUGAAAUGGGAGUGAAAGAAGGAGCAACAUUAGUGUAUGGAGGAAGACAAGUAUGUAGACCAGGUUUCUUCAUGGAACCCACUGUAUUUACAGAUGUUGAAGACCACAUGUACCUUGCCAAGGAAGAAUCCUUUGGUCCUGUUAUGGUAAUUUCAAAGUUUAAGAAUGGGGAUGUCGAUGGAGUGUUAAAACGUGCAAACAACACAGAAUAUGGCUUAGCUUCAGGGGUUUUCACAAGAGACCUAAGCAAAGCUCUGUAUGUUAGUGAAAAUCUAGAAGCAGGAACAGUUUUCAUUAACACAUAUAACAAAACUGAUGUGGCAGCACCAUUUGGUGGAUUCAAACAAUCUGGCUUCGGAAAAGAUUUAGGUGAAGAAGCUCUUCAUGAGUACCUCAGAACUAAAGCUGUAACUGUGGAGUAUUAAAGAAACAGCUCAGCCUGACUGCCAAAGCAACCCCCUUGCUGACAGCCUCAAUUUUAAGUACUGUUAAGCACUUAAUACAAUGCCCAGGAUAUACUUUCUGAAGUAGUACCACUAACAGAAAGCAAAUAGUAUUUAUCCAUGAAAAAUUGUAAGGAUCAAAUUCUAGCCCCAUUAAAGUCACAAGGAAUUUGGCAACUUACUUUAGUGGAACUAGAAUUUGGUCUUUACUUAUCUAAAUGUCCACAUACCUAAACCUUUUGAGUUGUUCUUAACUCAGGCAAUGGGAGAUUGCUUAUGUAAGACUCAAGGAUUGGGCCCAUGAUGUGCCUAAAUUUUUUAUUAAUAUGAGAUGUAUUUUACAUGAUCAUUUUAAACCUUUUAACAUACAUUUAGUCAUUAAAAUUCUCUUAAAACUGUACUUUAAAAUGCACAUUAUACAGUUUUGUUAUAAAACAGUUCAAGUUUUUCAACAAAAGUAUACAGCUCUGACUUUUCAGCAGUAUAGGAAACCUUAGUGCCAUAAAAUGUAAAUAAAUGCAAGAAAGUGCACUUAUUAUGAUCUUUGUUAAACUAUGAAUAUUAAGCUGAAAGUUAUUGAAAAUAUUUUCUAUCUUCUUGCGAAUGUGGAAUGUGCAAUUUGUAUGGGAUUGUGAAUGGUGGUUACAUUAAUAGAUUUAAACCAGCUGUG